GCCGCUUAGGGAGGGCGGGACCGGUAAUCCUUGUGGCAGGAUUUCGUUUUCUCAGAUUUUUGUCUCAGGCGGUGAGGUUUUCCAAGUCCGCAGUCCCGAGGAGAAGGCCGGAGAGUGGUGCUCCCCGCCUCACAGCCCAUGGUCGGAGCCUCCAGUGGUGCUCACAGCUCACACGUGGGAUUGAAGCUCGGAGUCGCCGCACGAACCCACGCCAAAGCCGGGACAGGGACCGCCAUUCCUGCAGCGGCUUCUGCUCCCGCCCCGCUCCGCCCACAGAGGGCAAUGGCGGCGACCCCGCUGAGGAGACGGGCUGAGGUUGGCGUGACCUUUGAGGACAUUGCCCUGUACUUCUCCAGGGAGGAAUGGAGCCUCCUUGAUGAGGGUCAGAGACAGCUGUACCUAAAUGUGAUGCUGGAGAACUUUGAACUUGUAUCCUCGCUGGGUUGCUGCUGUGGAGGAGAGAAUGUGGAGGCAGCAACUGAACAGAACGUUUCUGUUAGAGUAUCACACGCAAGGAAUCCCAAGGUAGCCUUGUUUUCCCAGAAGAGCCACCCCUGUGAGAAUUGUGGGCUAGUCUUGGGAAACAUUUUCCACACGAUGGAGGUGAAGGGAACACAACACAGACAAAUACUGUUGAGGUGUGGGGCAUGUGCAAAACGAUUUUAUUUCCGUGCAAAAUUUCAUCAGCAGCAUAUGAGAGAGAAGUCUUUCAUUAGAGGUGUGGACACCAACUCACUUGCAAAGAGCUGCAAUUUCAAUGUGUCCCAGAAUCUUUUCACAUGUGAGGAGGUUGGGCAGGGUGUCCUUACCAGGUCAGGACAUCUCCACCUAAACGCUACUCAGACCAGGGACCGUCCAAAUGCUAUUUCGACACGUGGGAUGACAUUUCAAAGGACAAACAAUUAUUACACCAGAAAAGAAUGUAAGAAGGACAUUAUUUGCACCCACACGUUUAUUCAGGAAAAGGAUGUCAAUGUUGGAAGUCGAUGUUUUGUGUGCUCUGAAUGUGGGAAAUCUUUUACCAAAUUUUCUAGCUUGUAUUAUCUACAGCGAGAUCACACUGGAGAAAGGCCUUAUGAGCACAGUGAAUAUGGGAAAGCUUUUAGCAGUAUUAACAGCCUAGGUGAAUAUGAAGCUUUGCACACUGAAGAAAGGCCUUAUGAGUGCCGUGAAUAUGGGAAAGCUUUUAGCAGUAUUAACAGCCUAGGUGAAUAUGAAGCUUUGCACACUGGAGAAAGGCCUUAUGAGUGCAGUGAAUAUGGAAAAGCUUUUAGCAGUAUUAACAGCCUAGGUGAAUAUGAAGCUUUGCACACUGGAGAAAGGCAUUAUGAGUACAGUGAAUAUGGGAAAGCUUUUAGCAGUAUUAACAGCCUAGGUGAAUAUGAAGCUUUGCGCACUGAAGAAAGGCCCUAUGAGCGCAGUGAAUGUGGAAAUCCUGUUACCAAUAGCACUGCCCUCCAUUAUGAUCAGAGCGUUCUCACAGCAGAAAGGCCUUAUGAGUACAAUGAGUGUGGGAAAUCUUUUACUAGUAGCAGUAACCUUCAUUGUCAUCGGAGCAUUCACACUGGAGAAAAGCCUUAUAAAUGUAGUGAAUGUGGAAAGUCUUUUUCAAGUUUCAAUGGUCUCAAAUAUCAUCACAGAGUGCACUCUGGAGAAAGGCCUUAUCACUGCAGUGAAUGUGGGAAAUCUUUUGCCACUACGUCUCACCUUUACAGUCAUCAGAGGGUUCACACAGGAGAAAAGCCUUACAAAUGCAGUGAAUGUGGGAAAUCUUUUGCCCAGAGCAGUAACCUUCUUUGUCAUCAGAGCAUUCACACUGAAGAAAAGCCUUAUAUAUGUGGUGAAUGUGGGAAAGCUUACACCUGUAGCAUUAAACUUUGUCGUCAUCAAAGAGUGCACGCUGGAGAAAGGCCUUAUCACUGCAGUGAAUGUGGGAAAUCUUUUACCAGUAACAGUAAACUUUGUUGUCAUCAGAGAGUUCAUACAGGCGAAAAGCCUCAUAAAUGCAGUGAAUGUGGGAAAUCUUUUACCACCAAGGACAACCUUCGUAUACAUCAUAGAGUUCACACUGGAGAAAAGCCUUUUAAAUGCAGUGAAUGUGGGAAAUCUUUUACCUGGAGCGAUGUCCUUCGCCGUCAUCAGAGAAUUCAUACAGGACAAAAGCCUUAUAAAUGCAGUGACUGUGGGAAAACUUUUACUGAAAACGAAGCUCUCCAAAAUCAUCAGAGAGUUCAUACGGGAGAAAAGCCUUUUAAAUGCAGUGAAUGUGGGAAAUCUUUUACCUGGAGGAGUGUCCUUCGCAAUCAUCAGAAAGUUCAUACAGGAGAAAAGCCUUAUAAAUGCAGUGAAUGUGGGAAAUCUUUCACCACCAAGGCCCACCUUUGUAUUCAUCAGAGAGUUCACACUGGAGAAAAGCCUUUUAAAUGCAGUGAAUGUGGGAAAUCUUUUACCUCGAGCGAUGUCCUUCGCCGUCAUCAGAGAAUUCAUACAGGACAAAAGCCUUAUAAAUGCAGUGACUGUGGGAAAACUUUCACUGAAAACGAAGCUCUCCAAAAUCAUCAGAGAGUUCAUACUGGAGAAAAGCCUUUUAAAUGCAGUGAAUGUGGGAAAUCUUUUACCUGGAGGAGUGUCCUUCGCAAACAUCAGAGAGUUCAUACAGGAGAAAAGCCUUAUAAAUGCAGUGAAUGUGGGAAAUCUUUCACCACCAAGGCCAACCUUCUUAUUCAUCAGAGAGUUCACACUGGAGAAAAGCCUUUUAAAUGCAGUGAAUGUGGGAAAUGUUUUACCUGGAGUGAUAGCCUUCACAAACAUCAGAGAGUUCAUACUGGAGAAAAGCCUUUUAAAUGCAGUGAAUGUGGGAAAUCUUUUCCCUGGAGGAAUGCCUUUCUCAGUCAUCAGAAAAUUCAUACAGGACAAAAGCCUUAUAAAUGCAAUGACUGUGGGAAAUCUCAUACCAGGAUCACCAGGCUUCUCAGUCAUCAGGGAGUUCAUACAGGAGAAAGUUGUUAUGAGUGUAAUUAAUGUGAGAUAUCUCUCAGUCUAAUUUGUAAAUUCACUCUGCACAAAAGAGUCCAAAUGUGAAAAAUUUCUCAGAUGUGUUGAAAAUGUAGUUUCUUAGUUGGAACUUAACAAUUGUAAAAGAAAAUAUGUGAAGUCUCAUUAAUCUGAAUUUUAUCUCAUACAUUGAAUCACCCACAUUAUGUAACAUACCCACAACCAUUUUUGCUGUUCUGUUUGCUUGUUUGUAUGUUGGAACCAUAGGUAUGUAUGUUGGACUUUUUAAGAUAAAGAGCUGUCUUGCCAGGUAGAGGAACUGCCAGUCUCACGGCUCUUUCCUUGCAAAAUAAUGAAGGCUUUUCCCUAAGACUUCUUUAAUGUUGGGUGUUCUAUUUACUGUGUGAGUUAGUUUUUAUGGAGAUCUGGGCUCUCCAAGCAUGAUGAGGUAAAAAACUUAUAUGGGCUCUGAAACAUUUUUGCCCUUGGGGGAAGACCGUGGGGCAGAAAUUAGCUCAGCAGUUUUUGCCAAAUUUACAUUGCUGUCCAUAUUUUCCCAGGAAACACUGUGGACUCUCUGGUCCUCAUGUGAAAAUGGAUGCAUUGAGACACGGAGAUCACUCCAAAGAGGGGGUAGUUGUGACAACCUCAAGUAUAUCUGGAAGCAGUGUGAAUUUUUUUCUUUUUUUCAAGGAAUAGUAAGACAUUUGAAGGGAUUCUUUUCCCCAGGUGUUGCAGAGGGCCAUGCCCUUUAAUGCCUUCAAUUCCAUGGGUGAUGGGCACUGGUUGGAGGACCAUGGCAGUGAGGGGACCCCUUCAACUGCAGAAACACUGACCUAAUUCCUGUUGGACCAGACUGCAGCCCAUUAGAUGGAAUGGUCUUCAUCUAAACUUACACCCUGACAUUUUUUUGAGGAAAAGACUACAGGAGCCGUGUGUACACAGACCUGAGGAACAUCUGGGUAUGUUUAUCUUCUGUGCAACAGUCAUUAUCACUGAUUAUAAUCAAGAAGUUUUGUGGCUUCAAAUAGCUUCUCAGAUGUCCCCAUCAGAGCCAUUGGUGCCCUGGCAGCAAAACUAAGAGGAAAAGAAAGGGUGCCUUUAGGCUGGAGAUGCGGCUUUUGUGACACAGUCAGUAUUCCAGUGGGUUUGGGUGAAAGUUCUUCAUUGUUUUUCAUUGUUUGUUACAUUUUCUGUCACUGAGAUGAGACUCUCGCCCAGAGGGCAUAAGAUAGUGGAUUGAAUAUAGAGUUGAAAAACAACAGUUCCUAAAUAAGUAACAUUUGUUUUAUCUUGAACCAUUUUUGAAAAUCUAUAAUGAGUAAAUUGCAUAUAUUACGUAUAGUGUUUCAUAAAUCUUGACAGGUGCAUAAAACUGAAACCAUCAUUAUACUCAUAAUGCUGACCAUAUCUGUGACUGUGUAGUUGCUUCAUGACCUCGUUUAAUCUGUCCGUAUUCACAGCUUUCCUGGUAACCAUGGUUUCACAUUUCAUUUUAAUAGAGAACUUUGCUUUUUCUAAGUAUUUUUCUGUUUUAAUUUAUAUUUCAUAAAUUCUUGGACAUUUGUUAAAGAUAUAUUAGUAACUCAUCUUUUUUUAUAUAUAUAUUCUUUUUGUUGUUGUUAAUCCUCACCCGAGGAUAUUUUUCCAUUGAUUCUUCUGGACAGUGGAAGAGAGAGGGAAAGACAGAGAGAAACAUUGAUGUGAAGGAAACAUAUCAAUUGGUUGCCUCCUGCAUCAGCCCUGACCAGUGCGCUGGCUGGAAGGAGUCUUCAACCAAGGUAUGUGCCUUUGACUUAAAUCGAACCUGGGAUCCUUUGGUCUGUAGGCCUACGCUUCAGCCAGGGCUGUGGUAGAUAUUCUUAUCUUUGAAUAUAUCACCAUCAUGUUGUCCAUUUUAAUAAAUACUUGGUUUUCAAUAAAGCUGGUACAAACA